AUGACUGAAAGAAGCGGAGAAGAAACUCACGCUGCCGCGGAGAGCCCCGCCACUAAUGCGCAGAGGCGGCACGCGAGGCCGGGGUCCGACGGCGGCGGUUCCAAUCAACCCCCUGCACAGCGCCGAGGGGUGGAAGAGGCACCUGCGGGACCACAGUGGACCCUUUACAGUACCGUGGAGGAAGUGCUGCUGGCGGGAUUAGAUGCUACAAGGCAAAUGACGCUAAACGAUUUUAUCAGGAAGUACGUUGAUCCCAAUUUCGUGCUCGAAGGCCGCAAUGUGAUGAUGGGGGUGUUUGCGCGUAGGCCUGAGCACUACAUCAGUGACGAGCGGCUCCUACGAAGAAUUAUUGAUUCACCAGAGUACCAGACAGAGUGUCAGCGCCGGGAGGACGCACGCAAUCUACGUGCGGACGCACGCAAGCUAAUGGAGCACGACGCGGGUAAUCUCCAACGCUGGAAGGACUUCCAUCAGAAGGGCAUCGUUGCUGCUAUUACGAGGAGGAAACUCAACGCCGCCCUUGAGGUGGCGGAGGUACUCGAAAGGGCGUGGCGGGUGAAGGAAAUUGCCAGACGGCCGUUGCCGGAGGGCUUCUACGACUCUGUGCUCAAGGCGAGGUGGAGCCACGUCUUGGGGUUUCCCGAGGGCGAAGGGGAGGACGAAGUGGAGAUGCGGAUGGAGGUGAAGGCGGGCCAGGCGCCAGCACAUUCGUGGGAGUACAAGAUGCAGGGCACA